AUGGCUGAAUCAAAUUCUGACCUGCAGGGCGAAGUAGAGCGCCUAACGCGAGAGCUUGCAGCAAAAGAUGAGAAAAUCCACGAGCUAGAGCUUACUAUUAGUAAGACAGAACCAGAUAGAACGUGUGACGCUAGUGAUAAAUCAGCUUUAUGCAUCAGCAGAAACCAAGAAGGUGAAUAUGACGAUAUCCUUGUAUCCUCAGAUCGGGCUAAUUUUUCAUCUACUGCGCUAGAUGUCGACUCUUCAGCGAAGGGGGAGGCCUGCCUGUCUUCCCAAUCCUCUGCUCAAAUACAGAGGAUGAAGAAACGCAUGAUAAUGUCAACUGCGAAUAUAGAGGUCCCAGAAGAGGAUUUGCAGCAGUUGCGCAGCAUCUGUAAGGACCUCAUCUACAGUAGGAUUCAGGGUAUGUCGGUGAUCUCUCAGGCCUGUGUGCUUUUAGAAGAGUACAAGCAGCUUCUUGCUGCACACAUGGUCCACGAAGCAACCAAGCCCGAUGACCACUUGACCAAGUUGAAUAGCAUACUGGCUUACCAGCAGGCAAGGGUACAGCGGUGUAAUGCCCUUCUUAUGGACAUUGAGCACAGUAUGGAUUCUCUUUGCGAGUCAAAAAGCAUGCACUUAUCAUACCUUGCUCACGGACCUCAGACUCCCCAGUCGCUACCGAGUUCUCACAACAGUUGGAAGCAGCGAGGGCACUGCAACUAUGAUUUGGAACAUAGUAAAGAUCGCAAUGUGCGAUUUAAAAUAUCACAACAGUCCAAUGUUCCUUCACCAACUGAUAAUAGGUGCAAAGAGGUCAAGAUAGGAUCGGUUUACUUUGCCCUUCCGACCCUGUUUGUCUUAGCAAGCAUUUUAUUAGUGUUACUUAUUUAUCUAGUCUCAUUCGUGAUCCGUUGA